AUGAUAAAGAAACUCAAUAGUAUCACAAAUGCAAAGGAGUUCGAUGCUUGGAAUAUGUUUCUUCAGGAAUUCCUGUAGCUGCUUUAUGAUAUCUUUAGCAAUGCUGAGGAUUUUGAUGUAGAGAUACUCACUAGCUACUUCCUUGGAGAUGUGAACCUGAUUAUCAAUAGCUUAAGCUUGCUAUCAGAGGUCAUUAAGACUGAAUAAGUUCUGUUCUUCGAUAAAAAGCAUCGUACUUCAUUUGUACGAUUAUUGGAAAACAUAACUCUAAGGGCUCAUUACAUUCAGAAAUCUUCACAGAACUAAGGAAAGCCUGAGCUUUUAGAGCUAUUAAACGCUAUAAAGUUGCUAAUCGUGGAACUAGUUAAUGUUUAUGUAAAUGAUAUGAUAAGAAUCAUCAGACAGAUGGGGGAGAAAAAUAAGUAACUUAUGAUUGAACUCAUCGAAAGUCUCGAUCAUAAUCCACCUGUGCCCAUCAACAAAUCUAAGAUAGCACUUGCUAAACAAUAGCAAUUCUAAAAUCUAAGUAGAUAAUCAUCAUCCAAUGGCUUUAAUUCGAUACAACAGUACUCCACUGCAAGCAGCUAAAUGUCUUCUGCUAAUAAUCAAUCAAGACCAAGCAUUUUAUAAAGCUCGGGUUCCUCAAUAGUAGGCAGCUAGCCAGCUUAACUCAUCAUAGAUAGAACAGAGGAUUCUAUUAUCUCCCCAUCUGGUGCUUAAUAAAGAAACUAUCACCAGUUCCGAAGUUUUCAUAAUGUUUCCACUCCUCAGAACUAAGGAGGCAUGAAUCCAUUUACCCAAGUGCAAGCAGUGUCAUACCCACCAGAAGAAGAGCUUUUUAAGAUAAUUGUAGUUAACUUUGAGGAAGGUCUACAGAUUUUAAAGAAUAUGUUUAUAUCAAUGUAGAAACAAGAAAUAGCCCAGGUUUAAUUCAAGGAAUUGCCUAAAUUUAUACAAAUCAUAAUAAAGUCUAUGUUUUAGCAUGGGUUUAACCCAAAGUUACAAUCUGGUGGGACUACACCUGCAGAUAUUAAUUAGGGUGCUGCUAGUAAUGAGGAUAUUCUUAAAUCAGAUCCUGUCUUAAAAGAAAUAUUUGAGACUUUUGAAAUUAUGAAUGAAACGAUCAACAUCAUAUAGUAGCUAUUGCCAUCAUUUUUAAAUGCUCUCGUCCAGCUUCCAUCAUUGUCCAAGCCACUUUAAAAACAGAUUUUUAGAACUCUUUAUAUCGAUCAUUUCACUACUUAAAAUCCACUUAACAACUAGCAAUAGAUUGAAGACGAUAUGUUGAAGGUGCUACUUUAUUAUCUUAACAAGCGCAAUCCUCAAUUCAUUGAAACACUGCUUACUAUGAUAAUGGUAUUUUUACUGAAGCAAACUAGCGUAACUCUUUCUAAAGAGAUCCUUGAGUAGCUAAUAGAUUCUGUCAUAAACCUUAUCAAUAUAUUCCCUGAGUAAAAGAACUACAGAAAGUAUAGUUUGGAAAUCAUUAUAAUAGUCUUAAGUCAAAUAGAGUAGCAGAUGGAAUAAAAAGUAAUUGAUUCAGAAGCUUUUGAUGAAUAAACGUUCUAGGAUUAGAUUAAGCAUAAAGUUGAAUAUUAGCAAGUACCAUUCAUUGAGGAGAAAAAAUCCAGAAUCAUUUAGAGUAAUGGGGAUCCUAUCCCAAUAAUAGAAGGAGUGUUCAAACCUAAACAAAAGCCAAGGUCAGUAAGUUCGAGAUAGGGUGGACCAGGCGGGGCCAGAAUGUAAAACCAAAGAUCAAGCAUUCAACCAAAUAGCACCAAUAUUAAGUCAUUUGACUUUGUAAUUUAGAAAAAUGAAAGAAAUAAUUAAUAAUUGUCAAAGGUUAACUAAUCAUAAGGUAAUAUUAGCAAACUGAUGAAUAUAAGUAAAGACAAUGAGCAAAUUCAAAUGAAUUAGUAAGUACAGCAAUAACAGUCUUUGCCUAUGUUCCCUUAAAUACUGCCUAAAGUGUAAUCUAUGCAAAGUCUUUAAGACGCUUAAUAUAACAAGAAACAAACUAUAGAAAAAGGUCCUCCUCAUUUAAGAAUGAAAAGAUACGGAAUCGCUGGAAUAAUGCCUGAUUUCAAUGACAUUCCAGGAAGGCCAAUAAAGGGAGGGCUUCCGAUUGCAUCUAAAAUAGAAACUCAAAGAUAAAGCUUGCUUGUACCAUUAAAAGGAUUUAGUGAUCAGGAAUGGGACUAAGCUGUAAAUCUAUGA